AUGGCGUUGCCCAAGAGAAUCGUGAAAGAGACGGAGAGGCUCAUGGCUGAACCGGUACCAGGAAUCAGUGCUGUGCCACAUGAAGACAACCUGAGAUACUUCGAUGUCUCCAUACAUGGCCCUUCACAAUCACCCUACGAAGGGGGCAUAUUCAAACUCGAACUGUUCUUGCCGGACGACUAUCCUAUGACGCCUCCGAAGAUCCGAUUCUUGACCAAAAUCUACCACCCCAACAUCGACAAACUUGGUCGAAUCUGUCUUGAUGUGCUGAAGAGCAACUGGUCUCCAGCAUUGCAGAUUCGAACUAUUCUUUUAUCCAUACAAGCUCUAUUGGGAGCACCGAAUCCGGAUGAUCCACUGGCCAAUGAUGUUGCGCAACGGUGGAAGGAGGAUCAGGAGGCAGCAAUCCAGACGGCUAGAGAAUGGACCAGGACACACGCCAUGACUUGA